AUGGCCCAAACCUUCAGCAGCAGCAGCAACAGCAACAGCAACAGCAGCAACAACAACAACAGCAGCAACAACAGCAACAGCAACAGCAACAACGACAGCAGCAACAACAGCAGCAGCAGCAACAGCAGCAGCUGCUGCAGCAUCAGCCGUUUCGGUCGUGGGGUGCGUAGACUUGCAGUGCUGCUGCUGCUGCUGCUGCUGCCUUUGCUGCUCUUGGAGACAGCGGAUGGCGUCAGCUGGAGCAGCAGCAGCAGCAAGAACAGCAGCAGCAGCAGCAGCAACAGCAGCAGCAGCAGCAGCAACGAUGCUCGCUGGUUACUUGCAGCAGCGGGGCCUCCGCGGGCGGCCCCCAUUGGCUUUGCUCUCCGCCCCUCGCUCUUGCUGCGCCAGACAACCUGCAGCAGCAGCAGCAGCAGCAGCAGCGGCAGCAGCAGCAGCAGCAGCAGCAGAAAGAUUAACAGCAACAGCAGCAGCAGCAGCAGCAAUGUGCAGUUGCUGCAUGCCAUAGGCCGAGGCCUCCUUAAGUCUCCGACUGAAGAGGCUGCAGCAAGCAGCAGCAAGCAGCAGCAGCUGCUGCUGCUGCGACAGCAGCAGCAGCAACACCAACAGCAGCAGCUGCUGCAGCAACAGUGGCAACUGCAGCGGCAGCCCAAGCAGCAGAAACAGCAGAAGCGAAGGCCAGCGAGGGGAGCCCGGAGGCGUGUUGCUGCAGCAGAAACAGCAGAAGCGAAGGCCAGCGAGGGGAGCCCGGAGGCGUCAGCAGCAGCAGCAGCAGCAGCAAGAGAAGCAGCAGAAGAGGAAGCUGCACUUGUUGCUGCUGCUGAGGAAGCUAUUGAGAUGGCUCGGACGCCCGCGGAGCUGCUGCUGCUGCUGCUGCUGUCGAGCGACGCUCCUGCUGCAGCAGCAGCAGCAAGAAGCAGCAAACUGCUGCGGACAGCUUCCCCGCAGCAGCAGCAGCAGCAGCAGCAGCAGCAGCAACAGAGGAGAGAGCAGCAGCUGCUGCUGCAGCAGCACCACCAGCAGCAACAGCUAAUUAUAAAUGCACUAGCAGCAGGAGACACAGAACUGCUGCAGCAGCAGCAGCCGUCCCUCCCUCUAUAUCUCCUUGCGCGUUGCAUGCACCGCCUCUCUCAGCUGCUGCAGCAGCAGCAGCAGCAGCAACAGCAGCAGCAGCGGUUGCUGCAGCAGCAAGCCGCGCUAGCCACAUACAGCAGCAGCAGCAGCAGCAGCAGCAGCAGCAGCAAAGAGCAUCGACGGAGGAUAUCCCGUUGUCUGGUGCGGCUGCUGCAGGAGGUCUCCCUGCAUGCUGCUCAGCUGCUGUCUCCGCAGCAGCAACAGCAGCAGCAAGAGCAGCAGCAGCAGCAGCAGCAGCAGCAGCAGCAAGAACGUAUAUCUUUGCUGCUGUCUGUAACUCGUUCUCUUUAUGAUUCUGGGUUGAUAGGGCCCCUCAGCAUGCAGCAGCAGCGGCUGCUGCUGCAGCAGCAGCUGCUGCUUCCUCCUGCUGUGCUGCAGCAGCUGAAGCCGCUGCUGCUGACGACUGAGCUGCUGCUGCGGCGCGCGGUGUAUGUACACCUCGAGCUGCUGCAGCCGCAGCAGCUGUGUGAGUUGCUGCUGCUGUUUGAGUCUCUCCGCAGCAAACAGCAGCAGCAACUGACCAGGCUGCUGCAGCAACAGAACGGCCUGCGGCUGCUGCAGCCGCGGCAGCAGCUGCAGCAGCAACCAUCUACGUGGAGCGCAGCAGCAGCAGCAGCAGCAGCUCUGCUUUUUCGUGCUGCAGUGAGGGACGAGCAGCACUGGAGACAGCAGCAGCAGCAGCUGCUGCAGCAGCAGCAGCAACAACAACAACAACAGGUAUCGGGAGAGGACCAACAGGCGCUGCAGCAGCAGCAGCAGCAGGAGUCUGCAGCUUUUGCUGCAGCAGCAGCAGCAGCAGCAGCAGAGCGGAUGCAUUGGCUGUCGCUGUCUUUGCAUGCGUUUGCUGCUGUGAGGGGAGCAGACGGCAUCACUGCAGCAGAAGCAGCAGUGCUGCUGCAGCGCUACUUGCGGCUUAUCUCCAGACACAAGUCAGCAGCAGCAGCAACAGCAGCAGCAGCAGCAGAAGCAGCAGCAGCAGCAGCAGCAGAAGCAGAAACGCAGCAGCUGGGGCUGUGGGGCGGCGGUGCUGCAGCAGCGCUGCUGGCAGCAGCGAGAAGACACAGCGCACACUGGGCAGCAAGCAGCAGCAAACAACAGAUAUUCAGACUCGUUGUGGCGUUAAGCCAUUUGGGUGUAUCCCCAGAUGACCCGCUUCUUGCUGCAGCAGUUGAAGGCAUCGCCGCCCGCAUUCCUCUACCUGCUGCUGCUGCUGCUGCUGCUGCACCUGCUGCUGCACCUGCUGCUGCUGCUGCACCUGCUGCUGCUGCUGCUGCUGCUGCUGCUGGCUGCAGGAGGAAGGCUACGUGGACUGCUGAGGAGCUUGCUGCGCUGCUGCGGUGGGUGAAGGCAUCAAAGGCUACGUGGA